AGUUGCAGGAAGAGGAGUGUUGUGUGUUUUGACAAUUGUGCGUUUUUAUUGUUGUUUAUUUGCGUAACAAUGAAAGAAUGAGCGGGUGAUUCAUACCUCAAGUGCUUUUAAUUGCUUUAAUUAAUCGAAUUAACGUUAAAAAUGUCCCUGAGUGCUAGUGCCGAGAACCUGACUGUGGAAACACAGGACUAUGACGGUUCGAGCAAUAUGUGCUUAGAGUUGGCCUUGGAGGGCGAGCGUCUGUGCAAGGCGGGCGACUGCAGGGCAGGAGUGGCUUUUUUUCAGGCCGCAAUCCAGGCCGGAACUGACGACUUGCGGACGCUCAGUGCUAUUUACAGUCAGCUCGGAAAUGCGUAUUUUUAUCUAGGAGAUUAUGGCAAAGCCAUGCAAUAUCACAAACAUGAUCUCACUUUGGCCAGGACAAUGGGUGAUAAACUGGGCGAGGCGAAGUCUUCGGGAAAUCUGGGCAAUACUCUGAAGGUGAUGGGGCGGUUUGAUGAAGCUGUGGUGUGUUGUAAACGACAUUUGGAGCUUUCGAGAGAAUUGGGCGAUAGGUUGAGCGAAGGCAGGGCGUUGUAUAAUUUAGGAAAUGUUUUUCAUGCCAAGGGGAAACAUAUCGGGAGGGUGGGGCACAAGGAUCCGGGGGAUUUUUCAGAUGACGUCAAAGGGUGUCUCCAAGAAGCUGUCUCUUAUUAUGAGGAAAACUUAACACUGAUGCGUGAACUGGGCGAUAUAGCGGCACAAGGAAGAGCUUGUGGUAAUUUGGGCAAUACGUUUUAUUUAUUGGGUGAUUUCGCGCAAGCGAUACAUUACCAUGAAGAAAGAUUAUCAAUAGCGAGACAAUUUGGUGAUAAAGCGGCCGAAAGAAGAGCACAUAGUAAUCUCGGAAAUUCGCAUAUUUUUAUGGGACAGUUUGAAGAAGCCGCCCAUCAUUACAAACGAACUCUAGCCCUGGCCCAGGAAUUAGGCGACCAUGCAGUCGAAGCUCAGGCUUGUUAUAGUUUAGGCAACACUUAUACGCUAUUGAGAGAUUACGAAACUGCCAUUGAAUAUCAUUUGAGACAUCUUUUGAUAGCGCAAAAUUUGGCCGAUCGCAUUGGGGAAGGUAGGGCGUGUUGGUCAUUGGGUAAUGCAAACGCAUCGUUGGGUAAUCACGAAAAGGCGCUACAAUUUGCCAAAAAACACCUCGAAAUUAGUAAAGAGUUGGGCGAUCCAAUGGGUGAAGCUACAGCGAAAAUGAACAUUGCUGACUUACGAAAAAUCCUCAAUUUGCCUGAUAGUCCCGAAUCGUGUGACAGUGAUUCCCCGAAAGAGAAUGACGUCACUCACCAGAGGAUACAAAGGGUGAGACGUGAAAGCAUGGAACAGCUUAGCCUGAUUAAGUUGACACCCGACGGCAAACAACGUCCCGGCUUCACACUUCCACCAAUGAAAUCAGCCCCGUCACCAACUAAAAACGAAGAUGACGAUUCCUUCUUCGAUUUGUUAUCCCGCUUCCAAUCGAAACGUAUGGACGACCAACGUUGUUCCCUCACUGUUGACAACAACAAGGAAAACACCAACGUGGUGAAUCUGCCUCGAAAUGAAGGUCCCGAUGAUCUGAUUGACAUGAUUGCCGGAAUGCAAAGCAAAAGAAUGGAUGAGCAAAGAGUUGCACUACCACAUCUUCCAGGAUUGCAAUCAUCGUCGUUACAAAAGUUGGCCGAAUCGAGGAAUAAUAGUGUUCCCGAUGAUAAUUUCCUGGAUCAGUUGGUGCGUUGUCAAGGUUCAAGACUUGAGGAUCAGAGAUCGCCGCUCCCGAUGCCGGCGGUUGAUGUGGAGGCCGAUCCGCCACCGGCAAGGAAAAGUGGGGCGACUGUGCCAGAUGAGGAUUUUAUCUCGUUGAUUAUGAGGUUUCAGUCGGGGAGAAUGGAUGAUCAAAGGGCGGCUGUGCCCCGAGUGGAACACAGAAUGGCCAAUGGUAACGUCCCGCAUGCAACAAAUGGUAUUAGUAAUAAUUUUAAAAGCAAUUCUUCGGGCAAGAAGAAGAAGUAAUACGAAUAAGUUAGAGUAAGUAAAUUUGAAAACCCCAUAUCUGAAUUUUUUAUUUCGAUUGACUGCCAUUGGAGCAUGUACGAUAAAAAGAGAAAAUCUAACGUAAAGUAUAUGUUAUUUUAUAAUUUUAUAUAUUUUUAUAUAUGUUUAGUAAAUAAUAUUGAUGUAUCUAUUUCUUAUUUUAACAUAUUCGAAUUUAUUAUGUAAUGGAUUAUCGAAAUCAAUUUUUGGUAAAGUUUAUUGCUCUCUGUUUUUUUUUAACUAUUUUCUCGUUCACUUAGGACCAAACAUGCUCUAUUAAAACACACUGUUACGAUUACCUGAAAUUUGUUGCCACAUUGUAUUAUUGCGCCUAAAGUAUUAAAUGUGCAAAGUGCCAAAUAAACGUUGUGACUGUGGCGACAGAUUCUCUGCAUGUCCCAUCUCGAAAUUUCUCUCUGUCCAAUUGAAUGCUUUACACAUUGUUGACUAGACAAAUGUUUGCCAAAGAUGUUUCAAAUAUCCACACGUUUAAUUAAUAGACUGUUGAAUUUCUUCCUCUUUUUAUGAAAGAUUUAUAUGAGAAAAUUCAUGUGUUACAAGCUGUUAUUUACAUGGUACAAAGUAGGAAAAUAAAUUUUAUCAGCGAA